AUGCACAUCACAGAUCCAACGUCAAGCAAGCGCUACCAAGGCUUAACAGCUCAAGAAAUAAUAUCGUUAAAAAGGCAAAGAAAACAGCGACCCUUGGAGGAGCAGCGUGUACGCGAGGAGAUGGAGAAACAGGAGCAAGUUUGCAAACGAUGUGGAGCUCAAGGGCAUAAAGAUGCACGAAGUCGGGAGUGCCCCUACAACAAAAGCAAGAAACGUACCAAGGAAGACGCCGAAAAGAAAAGAGACGCCAACAAAAGACGCAAACUGGAAGCACAAGGGCGAAAAACCGACCCGUGCAAGAAAUGCACUGACGAAGGGAUUUACGACCCUGAGGCAAUCCUCACGCCUCCAGACGAAAACCAAGUUGUCCAUUCCAUGAAAUCUUACUUGAAGAGCAUCUUUCCCAUGAACGAGUUACCGAACAUUUUUUUCUCGCAACAAUUUUUUUAUGCAUGCCAACAGCUCGUCCUCGGAAAGCCAGUGACUAACACCAACUUACCCAUUGCCCAAAUGACCCGCAUUUUUGAAGAACAGUCGACAACCAUUCCUUGCAUGAAAAUUUCUCCACAUUCUGCAAAUCAAAGCAUCAUAUAUGCAAACGUACUUGCUUAUCAGGCACAACAGUCAGCGACAAUUUUUAUCAACAACAUUGUUGAGCCUUUUGCGAACAGGGCAAAACGUUAUUUGUUCGUCAAAAUCCGAAUGCUGUUACCGGAUCUCGAUGAGCGCCAAGCAUGGCGUUUUGCCGCAUACAUAUACAGUUGCAUCACCCCAAAUCCUACCGAUUGGCCUGAAGGUGUGGACCACACCGCCGACUUAGACUUCAUGUUUGGCGAGAUUCUCGAAAGCACAGAUCUCCCUCUCUCCCUCUUGGUCACAGAAGAAAACCUCACGCGCAACCCUGGCCCGUUUUUCAAGUUCCUUGAUUUUGCGCUAUCAGUCAUCGAACUGUACAACGAUCAAAAAUUCUAUGCUGCUUGUGAACCACAGUCAGAAGCCACGCUUCGUUGGUUAUAUACCACAAUUUUCAAUACUUGCGAAGAGCUUCAGCGCACCCGCAAAUCACGACGAAGGAAGCUCGCUUUAGCCAUUUUGCAACUCGAUUAA